CAGGAGGACUCUGACCUGCCUGCCCUCUGUCCUGGAGAGCCCAUGGGUGCAUGGGGAUGUGCAGCAUAGCCUGGAUGCACCCAGGGCCAGGAGGGACACGUGGGAUAGGUGGCACCAGGACCUGGAUCCACCCAGUGCCACCAGGGACGUGAGGGCUGGGCUGCCACGGGGCUGGGCAAAGAGCAAGGCAGGUGUGGUGAGAGGCAGCCAUGGACAGGUAGGUCCCUGCCAACCCCAGCGGGCACAAGGAGUGGACAGGGUGGGGGCUGGGGGUCAGGGAGGAGCUGUGGGCACAGGAACAGGGUGCAGGGCAUGGGCCAGCACCGGCCACACGGCUCAUGCCACCGUGUCUCUGCCAUCUCUUCUCCAGCCCGAGGGCCAUGGGGCUCUGCAACAUCACUGUCCUGCUGGGCACUGCCCUCCUCCUGCUGGCACCUGGCAGCACCCAGGCUCUGAGCAGCUCCAGGUGGAAGGAUCUGGCCACGGAGCAGGAUUUGGCUGAGGAAAUCAUCCUGGGYGUAGGAGCCAUUGAGCCAUCGGAGGAGGGUGAAUCAGGUAUAAAGGUCUUCUCCAGCAGUGCCUGGGCUCAGAGGGGCCCACCCCAAGUCCAGGCAGGACCAGAAGUGGAUCAUAACCAACUCCACCACCACCAAGAUGAUGCCAGGGAGGCCAAUGCCGACAUGCUGCUCUGGAUGCUGUCCCUGGAGGUGCAGAACGGCCCAGAGGAGGAUCGUGACCACCUCUACCACCCCCAGGAUGAUGCCAAGGAGGCUGACACCUACAAGUCACCCCGGAUGCUGUCCCUGGAGGUGCAGAAGGGCCCAGAGGAGGAUCGUGACCAUAUCUACCACAGCUGAGUGGAGAUGAGCCCUUGCUGUGAAAUGAGGGGUGGGAGCCACCCCUGGGGGUAUUUGCCCUUCCCUACCCAGCUUUGAGCCUCACCAAUAAACUCACUCCCCUCUCCACGUCCUGAUGGGCUCCUCAUUGCUGCCARGAACCUGCUGCUAAGUGCAGGAACCCCCU